AGCAUCUCGACUGUAUGGAGCUCUGACUAAGUGCUCUUUGAAUCAUGGCAACGCAGUGUCAUGAGAUAGAUAACCCUUGGCAUUAAAUCGUGGCCAGCUUCAUGUUUGAGCAAUAUCAAGGACAUAGGCCAGUUGCCGGAAAUAUUACCGGAGGCUCCGAAGCGAACUUCCGUCCAAAACGCCGCGCCGGAGCAUAAAGUGGGGGAGAACCCCAAGGAACCACCGGGAGCUACCGGGGGGGUGGCCAUCACCUUCUCACCUUUGUUCUCCAACCUCUAACAAACACCUUCAAUCAACCAUCUCGGCUCAACUCGAUAAUCCAGACACAUCACAAUAAUCAGAGACAUCGCAGAGAUGGAUCACGUCGAGCAACACAUGGCUCAACAAGCCAGCCAAGAAACCGCUUCCCUCUUCACACCCCUCAACCUCAUCCUCCUCAGCGCCGUCCUAUACACAACCUACUCCAUGCUCCGCUCCUCGCCACCUCCAUCUCUCCCCCGCGAUGCGCCCUCAACAGUCUUCAAAACAUACACUCCCCACACUCUUCUCCCCUUCAACGGCGAGGAGGAUCGACCUGUCUUUCUCGCUGUGCGCGGUCGCGUUUUUGACGUCUCGCCUGGUCGUAACUUCUACGGCCCUGGUGGUCCUUAUAGCAACUUUGCCGGUCGGGAUGCGAGUCGAGGUCUUGCGUGUGGAAGCUUUGAUGAGGACAUGUUGACUAAGGACCUGGAUGGUCCGCUUGAUAAGCUGGAGGGACUCGAUGCGGAGCAGAUGGAGGCGCUCCAGGGCUGGGAGGAGAGAUUCUUGGAGAAGUACAACGUUGUUGGAAAGCUGGUUUCUGUGCAGGACUACGAGGCCCAGAAGGCUUAAGAGGUCAACCACCAGAAAUCAUUGAGCGAUACGAUCACGAAGCAUAUCUUGGAGCAAAAGUAACAUGAUGGAACAUAUCAGGGUACAUGAGCGACUCGCAUUCCUUCAUUACUGUAACUAUAACAAAGAAAAAAACAUCCCAUCUACCCAGUCAGGGCGAUCAGACACAUACCAUCACUCUAUCCCGACGCGUUGCCUCAACAAGUCCUACCCUACCCAAGAAAAAAAAAAGCGUAGAAAAGCAGGGUUCCACGUAAACCAAACUCCGUGCAAUGCCUCCUGUACAUUUUUGCGUGAAAGCUACGCAGUGUGUCCUGGAUCAGAAACCAAAAACACUAUGUAUAUCCUGUAAAAGAAAAAACAACAAUGGCGAGCUUGCCUAGACUGAGGUCGGUAUAGAAAAGGGAAACAAAGAGAGGGCUUUUUUUGCUGCUCAAAUCAUACACGUGCUUUAUUGCAUCUCUAAGAUUGUUGCUGCUUUGCGAAGAAGCGCUGCCGUCUUGGCAACGAUGGGUUUGGCGGCUUUCCAGUCUCCCUCCUCGAUGCUGUCGCGAAUAGCGGGGAAGAUGGCUCCGUCGUUGGACCAAGCCUCUGGUCCGAAGACAACGUUCUUGAACUGUGUUCGGUUGGGAAUCUAGAGAUAGGGUCAGCUUAAGUCUUUCAGUCAGUCUCAAAAGGGGGUCGUACACCACCACCGAUUUCAAUGUCCAGUAACGCCGUCUCAAAGUAUGCCAUCUUGUUGUUGUAUGCAAGUCGAGAGGCACCAAUAUCGUUGGCUUCCCAGCCUCCAUUGCCCAAGACCUCGCGGUCCCAUUCCAUUUCCCACUUCUCGAAUGUGGCGACGUUGUGUUGAACAAGUGUUGCAGCGUCCUUGAGCUCCUUGAAUGCGUCCUUCUCGCCCUUGGGCUGGCCGUCCAUUUGCUUGAGUGCCCACUUCUCGAGAUCUUUGACCCAUUGACCCAGUCUCUGUGCAUACCAGCCCAUAUCAAACGGCAUGAUGGGCCGAUCGGCCAUGUCGAGAAUGAGAAGAGCUAUCACUUGUCCCAUUGCCCCGUGAUACUCGAAGUCAGGAUCGAUGAAGUUGUCCACCAAUCCAAUCUUGUCGUAGCUCGAGUGGUGAGGGACUUGAGUACCCCUGAAGGCCAGAUCGAGUGAACUUGUUCCUGCGAUAUCCUGGAAUGGAAUGUGGUCGCCACGUCCCUCUGGCUGCUUCAGCUCGGCAUGGCUCUGAUCCCAAAGGUCCUUCAAUGUACUAUUAGUAGAGGGAUCGAUAACUCGGCCCAGGGCAUGAAGAAGAGACUUUCGGAACACCGGCGAUCCUGAAGCAUGCAGGUCUUUUCCGACAACUGCCGCCCCAAGAUUGAGGUAAGCAAAGGCAUUAUCACGCAGGGCCUCUGAGUUAUGCUCGACAUACUCAGUUGAGCCAAUCAGGUUGUACGCAGAAGCAUCCCAAGACAUAAAUUCGAUGGUCCUCAACGGCCUCCAGCCUCGCUGUACAAGAUCUCCGAAGAUUCGAGCCAUCUCAAUCAUGACAGCUGUGCCUGAGUGGGGGUCCGUUGCGCCGAAAGCCCAAGAAUCUCGCUGAUUACCGAUGAUGAUAGACUUAGACGUCUGCUCCAUGCCAUUAAUUCGACCAUAAACAUUCCAGAUGGUGUGCAAUGAAUCCUCGUCUUGCUCGUUCUUCAAGCGCACAAUUGGGGACUUCUCACUGCCGGUCCACCACUCGACGUCUGGGACACCGCCUUCCCACUUGUUAGGCACCUUUUCGCCAUAACCCUUUAGAUGCUGUAGUAGCACCUUGGCAUCUCUCCAAGCGAGAGGGAGACUGGGGAUACCGACGAGUCCAUUGGCCUUGUCGAGUGUGAUUCGCUGAUCGCCCUUGCUACCAUAACCAGGCGACAAGGGGUCACCAAUUCCCCAGUUCGUGAGACCUACAGAGCCUCUUUGAACACCAUCUGAGGGCAUAUACACUCCUUCGGGAGCAACAACACCCUUCUUGAAACCGUCGUCCGCAGGGUCGGAGUAAAUGAGGCAGCCAGCAAAGCCUGCCAGCUCGGCUGCCUUGACCUUGAGAGCUUGAUUCUCCGGAGGACCACCGUUUUUCACCAACGCAAUAGCUCCCGUGGCAUUAACACCUUUGCUUGCAAGAUGCUUGAAGUCGUCUCUUGUACCAUAGUUGGCGUAGAUUAGGGGUCCCUUGACGUCUCCCGACUUUGAGUAUCCGUGAAAGGCGUACGUUUGUCGACCUGCCGUCUCGCCUCCGACUUCCUCUUCUUCUAGCUUAGCCGUCCAUUUGGCCUUCUUGAGAUCCUUAUCGUCCAUGAUCUGCACCACACGACCGUCCUUGCGGGGAUAGUUGAGGUAAACCUGAUACUCAUCCAUCAUAACUUCGUCCAGUAGUGCCCUGCUGAACAUGGCCUGAACAUCCAACGCGGUCGCAUAAUCACCCUCGGUACCGGCAAUAUGGGCGUAAUUCGAAAAGUGCUGCACUGAUGCGCGCAUUCUCAUGGGAUCAACGGUCCGCAACAGAUGGGCUCUAAGGUCCUCGGGGUUGAAACGGAAGCCACCUCCUAAUCUAUCUGACAAACCACCAAACAUAUCGCUGGCGAAGAGCAGAUAGAAAAAUCCCAGUAUAAUUGUGAGCGCCAAAAUGCGCACACAAAAUAAGAUGACGGUUGUUUUGUCCACCUUCGGAAUGUUCCACCUCCUCGUUGUCUGGCUUGGCGUCUCCUCAUUCUCACCCGUGGCAUUCUCGGCGUUGUCGGCAGCUGGCGCAUCAGCUCGUUGAGGUAAUUGUAUGCGAAAUCGUGGUAAUCUCGGCCUCCAGGACCAUUUCCACCGCGGUAGAGUUAGAUAUGACCCUAUUCGCUUCCCCCACUGAGAGCCUCGGGAUCGGUCGGGUUCUUCGAUCUCCAUCUCCUGCAUCUCACGUCGUACCUGCGCGGCUUCAUCCUCACUCUCGCUAUCGCUGGCCCAUAAACUGUCCUCAUCGUCGGUCUCUACUGUUGGUGGUCGAUAACCGUCGGGUCUGCGGGAGGAACUGGCGCCACUCGAAUGUUGUAGGAGACCCUGUGAUUCCGCCUCUGUUGCAUUACGCUCGUUUGUUGGAGACCUCGGAGCAGGAGCCCAGUCAUCUGGAUCGUAAUGGCUACCACUGGCCACGGCCUGAUCGUAAGUGGGCGGUAUAGGAUCAUAGAAAGGAGUCUUUUCGGAAGGCAUCUUGAUGGUGAUUGAGCGCUAACCGCGCCCUCGGUUGUCGUAUAUUCAAUCCGAUGAGAAGCUCGUUCAGGCGUGUCACAAAGCAGUCGAGAUAAACAGUGCCAUUCGCUGAAGGGGAUCGGAUAAAAAGGAGCGGGCGAAUCGCGGUUUCGAUCGAUCGAUACGAAGCAAUUAAGUUAAGAUGAGCGAGGUGCAAGCACGAAAGGAGCGUCAAGAAAGAGAGACAAGAGACAGACGCCAGAAGCGCAUCGCCAAACUAACAAGUCCAGGCUUAAGCUCUGACUCGAGAUGUUGUUGACUGGGUAAAGAAAAGGAAGGGGAGAAGAGGCUGAGAUGAUUAAAGUCAAAGUAAUGUACCGAGUUACGUUGUUGGCUGCAGGCAGGUACAGUACAAAUCCAAUGCGCUGCGACGGGGGGGAUGAUGGCGAAC